GACUCCCUUGAUUCGGACUCAAGACCAGGGUCAUCGUUGGCCGAUAACGAUGUUGGAGAUGGUUCACAGAUGCCCGUCGGUUCUGUCAAGAAUCGUUGGUCUAUGACGUCCACGUCUAUGAAGUCUCCCAGUAAGGUUUUCUCGAGGGUGAAGAACCGGUUUUCUAAGCUUGGUCGCAAGUAAUGGACUAUAUUCAUCGCACAUUACGUCUCACUUCGCUCUGUUAUCAUUGCAUCGUUCUUUCCACGUUGCUUCGUCGUACCCUUCGCAUUUUCAUGGGACAUUCUGAUUCAUUCACGUACCUACACAUUGGACAUGCUUUCUAGUCGUCACUUUAUGCAUUGCUUGUUUCGGAUGCUGUUGGCUUUCAUCAUGUCGUCAUGUCCUGUCUUGAUGCUGUUUUCUCCGAGUACUGUAAUGCAUCCUUCAUGGACUAUCUUCGCCCUCAGUCAGCGAUUUCGCCGACAUCGUGAAGAGUACUUCGCCACAUCCCCUAAGUAAAAUCAGACUUCCAACUCGCCUUCUAACAGCGCUCUCCACCCUUCCUGGAUCACGAGUUCAGUCAUACUCACCUGAAUGGCCUUCUGGGACAUGCGGUCCACUCUCUUCUUCGGCCUCCCGCUCAUAUGCAGGUACGAGCUAUCCAUUGAUGUUUUCUGACGACAUAUCGCAUUCAGAUGCUUGCAAUCAACUCCGGCUUCACCAUCACACGCUUUGGAUUGGGAAGCUUCCAUCAAUAUCGUCCAGAGGGAUCCCUUUCAUUGACGUAUAUAAGGGCCUUGGCAAACGUUUUGAAGGCUUCGUGUGAUUCGGCGAGUAUGUUAGAUUUAACGAUCCUCUCCUUGGCUCUGGCCACAUCCGUAUUCGGGCAGCAACAAAGCAACAUUCCUAACACCUGGCCAAAUGCUUGGCCCGCUAUACCAAGCGGAGAUUUCAGUCCAGAAUGGCAAAACUAUUUCGAGGUGAAGGAUGUGCUUCCGAACAUAACACAACCAUUGUCUCGCAACUUCGCAGGCAACAUUCCUGUGAAUCGCCCGGGGCAUGCCAAUAACACUCUGUUUUUCUGGGGAUUUGAAAGCCGAAAUGGCUCGUUGACGGCUCCGGCUAAUGAGAGUAACAAUGAUCCUUGGAUCAUCUGGUUGCAAGGCGGGCCAGGCUCAUCUGGGAUGAUUGCAUUGAUGACUGAGAACGGACCUAUUCAUGUCAAAAGCAACUAUUCUUUAAUAUUCAACGACUUUUCGUGGGACCAUCUAGCUGAUGCAUUUUGGAUCGACCAACCUGUUGGCACUGGUUAUUCGACUUCCGAUCGGACUGGGUAUGUUGCGAACGAAGACCAAACUGGAGAGGAUUUUGUUGGCUUCCUCUCUAACCUCGUCAAGGUUUUCCCAAGUUUGGCAACUCGGCCUCUAUACUUGACGGGAGAAAGUUAUGCUGGCACUUAUAUUCCGUACAUUACGAAGCAUCUCUUCUCGACGCCCAAUCCUCCAGUUAAACUGCGCAAGAUAGCUAUCGGUGAUGGUUCGCUAGGCUCACUAGCUACGGUUGAGGAACUUCCUGCCUUGAAUGUGAUCGAGACUUAUCCUCAACUCAUCAACUAUGAUCCUGAUGUCUUCAACUACUUCCGAGAGCAGGAACAUCUAUGUGGUUUUGACCUAAACUUGACGUACCCCCAAACAAGCGGACACUUCCCUACUCUUAACUUGACUCGACCGACUCGCCAAUCUGCUUUCAGCGACUCCCUAGAUGAACCCCGUUUUGAGAGACAAUCAUUCAGGCAACGCGUUGCUCAGAAAUACGCUGCAAAGCAGGCUACGCAAACGAAUGACCUUGAACAUCGCAAUCGAAAACGUGAAGAAUGGAAACGAGAUUUGACUGGUCGCGCUAAUGGGACCAUUGAUCCCUUCUACGGAUGUUUCCUUUUCGAUGAAUUGGUUGACUAUGCCUCCAACUUCUCUUUCCCAUGGACGAAUGGACACUUCGAUGUGUAUGAUAUUCCUGAUGGUACGAAUCCGGAACCACCACUCGACGCAAGUGUAUUCUUCAACGACAACCGAACGAGGGCGGCACUCCACGCUCCUACGUCAAAAGACUGGAUCAGAAAUUUCAACUAUCCUUUCGGUUCUGUCCGUAAUCGCUCAAUAGGAAACCAGUACGGCGAUCCAAGCGUGGAGCCGAUCGCGUUCUUGUCUGACCUUGCCACCAAUGCAACAGCGAACAACGUUUCCAUUGUCUUCUAUUCCGGCAACGACGAUUCGCUAGUGCAACACCGAGGUACUGAAGUGAUCAUUCAAAACAUGACAUUUGGCGGUAUUCAAGGCUUCACAAAGAAACCUUCAACUCCUUGGUUCGACGAUGACGGCAAUUUUGCGGGCAUCGUACAUCAGGAGCGCAAUUUGACCUACGUGCUCUUCCAAGGUGCUGGUCAUCUGGUUCCUGAAUGGCAACCAGCUGCGGCCUUGGCAUUCAUUCGCGAAUUUGUGCUCGGCUCUAAUAAGACGGGAUUAGUUGUUGACUCCACCACCGUUAUCGGUGGUGAAAAUUCUACGUUGGCAAACGACGUGCUCCCAGGUGGCACACUCUUUUACUAUGGUUCUGCCACUACGGCUGGAACAUCCACUGUGCCCGCCGCAACGGUUGCAUCUUGGGAAAGCUUCAUUGCGACAGCGACAGCUACGCCCAUCGGCAGUCAAGUGCAGCUCUCGGACAGCAAGGUGAUGACGUCGUCUUUUCUGGUGAUGCCGAUUGUUGGAAUGCUUUGGGGAGCACUGGUGUUGGCUUAACGGCUGAUGUAAUAUGGAAUUUCCGCUGCAGGAACCCUCGCUUGUCGAUUCCUGAUGUUUGAAGGUCAGUAAAUAAUCGGACUACGGAUCUGAGUGUCUCAAAUAUAGUAGUUGGAAAGACUCUUGCAUUUGAACCGUCUUCAUCUUCCUCAAAAUGAAACGCGAUUCAUUUGCCAAUAUAUGUCGGUGUUUUCUAGCUUUGAACUCUUCAACUAAGCUCUUCGCUCUUGCAAUGGUGCUUUGACCAUUCUAGAUCAUUAUGAUACCAUACACGC